UUGUGCUUCCCUGCCAACCAUUUGGUGGAGAGUAUUAUCCCAGCAGAGCUAAGCUUCCACUGAGCUGAGGAUUGCUCUAGUGAGUCAGAGUGUUGCUGUUGUUCCUCCACCUGCUACUGACAGCAAACCAGCAUGACUGACUGACUGUCUGGAAACCGAAGAGAAAUAAGACCUGUUCUGAGCUGUAGUCACUCAGGGUUGGGUUGAAAUGGCUCUCCGCAAAUCCCCCUCCUCCGCUCGUGCAGAAUCAUGGGCCAAUGGAGGGAGCUUCAUCCGAGUGGCCACAGCGCUCAGUGAGUCAUCAUCGAUCCACAGUGAAGCCCUGUACCAUCUGGCCAGAGAUGUGUCUGGGAUGGGGCUGGACCCUAUGUCCUACAACAUCCUGGAACCUGAACCCUACAGACAAGAACCAUGGGGUGAAGAGUCAAAGAGUCUUCUACAGCCCAACAUCAUGCAGAUCUCUGCGAGUGAAGACAAGAUCCCAGUUGUCAGUUCACCUUCAAGCCCCCAUUGCAGUGGAGGAGGAGGCCUUUGCUUCUCUGACGGCCGACGGAAAGUUGAUUAUGUUCUGGUCUUCCAUCAGCGGAGGCACAGCUCCAUACGUUCUCCUCCCGGCAGCUCUGGUUUACAGGAUCAGUUAUCCGUCGUGUCCAACGGUAACUUUCCCCCACCAGCCGGCAGAGAUGCAGCUGCAGCUCCAGCUGCAGGAAGGGGCGUCCCAGAGGAGCCGUCUGCGAGUGUCGGUGAGGUGUUCAUGGAGCUUGGAGAUGGAGAGGGACAUGAAACAGUGGAGCCAGGGGACCAUGAAAUGCAUCUGAUCAGACUGGAGUUUGAGGCCAGCCUGGUGGAGGCCGGCUUGGAGAUAGAGAGAGACCGAGAGUUCAAGACCCACGGACCCAGCUUCACUCGUAUCCAUGCGCCCUGGCCGGUGCUCUGCAGAGAGGCAGAGUUUCUCAAAAUUAAAGUCCCCACAAAGACGAGUUUUGAACUCAAAGAGGAAAGUGGUUUCAGCACCAGUAUGAGCACAGUGUGGAGGAAACUGAACCAGCCUUUCCAGCCCAAAGUACCACAUCCAGAGCAAGGACGUACAAAACUUCUCUCACACUGCUUCUCCAGGGAUAAACUUCACCUGUACAACAUCACAUCUAAAGACACAUUUUUUGACAACACCACCAGGGGUCGAAUAGUGUAUGAGAUCCUGAGGCGGACAGUGUGUGUGCGAACCUGUCAGACCAUCGGCAUCAGCACAUUGAUAGCUAAAGGCGUGUAUGAUGCUGCCUUCCCUCUUCAUGAUGGUGAUUAUAGGGUCAUUGGACACCCAGAGGAGAGGAAUGACAGACAGGUUCUCCAUGAAGAGUGGGCCAGAUACUCAGCCUUUUACAAGUACCAGCCCAUUGAUCUCGUCAGGAAGUAUUUUGGGGAGAAGAUCGGACUUUACUUUGCAUGGCUCGGUGUAUACACUCAGCUGCUGAUACCAGCCUCCAUCGUGGGAAUCAUUGUGUUUGGCUAUGGGGUUGCUACAGUGGAUACUAAUAUACCGAGUCUUGAGAUGUGUGACGAGCGUCUUAAUUUCACCAUGUGUCCUCUGUGUGACGGAGCCUGUGACUUCUGGCAUCUCAGCACGGCGUGUGGCACAGCCAGAGCUUCACACCUCUUCGACAACCCCGCCACCGUCUUCUUUGCCAUCUUCAUGUCUCUGUGGGCGGUUCUGUUCCUUGAGCACUGGAAACGUCGUCAGAUCAGUUUGAGCUUCAGUUGGGAUCUGACAGGGAUUGAGGAGGAUGAGGAACACCCCAGACCAAAAUAUGAGAACAUCGUCCUUCAGAAACGACAGAGGAAGCAGCAAAAAAAGAAAAAGAAGAAAAAGAACGAGCCAGAGAAGCAGGAGGACGGGACAGUGACAGGGAAGGACAGAUGGAGACAAAAACUGCUGGCUGCUAUGGCUGCAGGAACUCCGUCUGCAGUAGAGAAGUUGACCUGGAAAGAUCGUCUUCCUGGAUACUGCAUCAAUGUUUCCUCUAUUCUCUUUAUGUUUGGGCUGACGUUUUCAGCAGUUUUUGGUGUUAUCAUCUACCGCAUCACAGUGUCAGCCCUGAUGGCGAUGAGCCCUGACCCAGAAAUCAAGUCCAAUGUUCGUGUGACGGUGACGGCCACUGCAGUCAUGAUCAACCUUGUGGUUAUUCUGAUCCUCGAUGAGAUCUACGGAGCUGUAGCGGUGUGGCUGACUGAACUAGAGAUUCCUAAAACAGAAACCAACUUUGAGGAGCGUCUCAUCCUGAAGGCCUUUUUACUCAAGUUUAUGAAUGCGUACGCUCCCAUCUUUUACGUUGCUUUCUUCAAGGGGCGGUUUGCUGGUCGACCUGGAAGUUAUGUCUAUGUCUUCAACGAUUAUCGGAUGGAAGAGUGUGCUCCAGGAGGCUGCCUUAUCGAGUUGUGUAUUCAGCUUAGCAUCAUCAUGUUGGGGAAGCAGCUCAUUCAGAACAACAUCUUUGAGAUUGGCAUCCCGAAGUUAAAGAAAUUUGUGCGUGCGCUGAAGGAAAAAGAAUCAAAGGUGCAGGAGAAGCAGGAGGAGAGGCCUCCACAGCAGUGGAACCUAGACUACGCUCUGGCUCCUUUCGAAGGCCUUACACCUGAAUACAUGGAGAUGAUCAUCCAGUUCGGUUUCGUCUCGCUGUUUGUGGCAUCGUUCCCUCUGGCUCCUCUCUUCGCCCUACUGAAUAAUGUCAUCGAGAUUAGACUGGAUGCCAAGAAGUUUGUUACAGAGCUACGCAGGCCUGUUGCUACACGUGCUAAGGAUAUUGGUGUAUGGUACAACAUACUGAGUGGAAUGGGGAAAUUCUCAGUCAUUAUAAAUGCCUUCGUCAUCUCAUUCACCUCAGACUUCAUUCCUCGACUCGUCUACCAGUACAUGUACAGCCAGACCGGCACCAUGCACGGCUUCAUCGACCACACACUUUCCUACUUCAACGUGUCUAACUUUAAGCAGGGUACAGCGCCGCAGAACUCUGAACACGGAGACAUCACUGUCUGCCGGUAUAAGGACUACAGAGAGCCCCCCUGGUCUGCAGAUGCGUACCAGUUCUCCAAACAGUACUGGUGUGUCCUCGCAGCAAGACUGGCGUUCGUCAUACUGUUUCAGAACCUGGUGAUGUUCCUCAGCCUCGUAGUUGCCUGGGUGAUCCCUGAUGUUCCCAAAACCAUCGUUGAACAGCUUAAACGGGAAAAGAAGCUCCUGGUCGACCUCUUUCUACAGGAAGAGAAGGAAAAAUUCCAACUCAUCCAGAGUCUCUUUGCUAAGGAUGCCAGUGUUCCCCCAGGACAGAGCGCACCCCCUGUGGGUCGCUACAGUACACUACCCCCGUUAGCCACCCACGGCCUGGCCAGAGACGGAGAAGGCGGGACAAGGGCAAGGUGUAGGGCUGCCAGCUUUAGCCAGUUUAGCAGGAAGCAGCCCGCAAAUGAAAAUGAGAAUUCAGUCCACACAGCGGUGUGACGUGUGUCACAUGUAUCUGUAGGGGUGUUUGAGCUGGGCCUCAGGACUGACUGGAGGACAUGUCACACAUGUUGGUGAUUCAGUCGGUUUGUGUCUGUUGUGUCCAGGUGUGAGUCUGACACAGUAGUGCUGUGAUACAGAUUACAGCUUCAUCAUAACAUGGAUUUUGACUCAUUGAUCUCAGUGUAAUUGAAUGUGCAAUGUUCACACUAGCUGAAUGGAUGCAUGUGUGUUGUUCCUACUCACACUGACUGUUCAUGCGAUAAAGUGUUAUCAUUUUUACUUUUUCGUAAAAAAAAAUGAUAUAGUGAGGCAAACUAGCUUCAUAGCGUAGACAAGCAAUAAAUACAUUAAUAGGCUGAACAAUUCAGUAUUAGAGAACCUGGAGGAGACCGGAGAUCAAGGAAAAAUGGAAACACUGGAACGUUUCUGUAAUGAGCACUUCUUGAACAAAGGAAGAUCCGAGGAUGGGUUUUAAGAGUGUUUGAAAGGGCUGGGGACUGUCUGAAUAUCCCUGCUUUAUGUGCUUAUACCCUCAACGUAUAUUCAAGCAGAAUUCGUAGCAACUAUACCUGUUCUUUUUCUGUUACAAACAUGCACCUCAUACAGAUCCUUUCAGCGAAUUUAUCAGAGUAGAAAGCAGCUGUAGAUUUUAAAAUUAUUUGAAAGUAUGUUUCAUUCAAGCAUCUUAAAUUGUAUUUUCAGUCAGUGCACUAGUGUUGGGAGCUGUUUCUUUACACCCUCCGCUCCGUAUAUGAUGGUGGUACAAUAUGCCAAUGUGUUACUCUGCUGGAGUCCCUCAUAGAUCCAAGUCUAAGCUAUAGUUUACCACUUCGCUGCUCUGUAAAGCACAGUCUUUCCUGUUAGCCAUAUGGCCUUUUACAACUGUCACCAGUCUUAAUAACUAACGUCUGAACACAGAGGGAAAGUCAGCCUUGUUAAUUAACUGUGAAUAGAGAGUUAGAAGUUACGUCAUGGUUCUUAUAGUAAAGAGAACAAAUACUUCAUCAGCAUUACUUAUGAAAUACCAGAUGUAUACUCAGACAUUCCUGAAGGUACGUGAUAGAUCUGAAUCAACCUAAAUAAUAUGAUCAACUAUGAAACGCUGUUUUGUUGUUGUAAACUUGUUAGCACAGUAAUUAUCCUAGCUUUUGCUUGUCAGCCAUGGAUGUGGUGGAACAUCUGAGUGGUUUGUUGCAGAGUCAGAACAGCCACUGCGUCCAAAAAUACACACAAUGAACAACGUCUAGCAGAGGGAGUAGGUACCAUGUUGGAGCACUAUAUAAUAUAUCUUUAAAAUGAUAUUAAAAUGCGAACACGCUGCACACUUUCAGUUCUGUUUCAGAGGCCUUGCACUGCUCUCCUAUUUCCAGUAUAACACAGCAUCCUUGUGCUCAUUUAGGAUCGUGUCAGACUGUUAUUCUAAAUGUAUGUACAUGGACUUUAGGACAAGGAACUUGUGAUAGUGGUAUAUUGUACUUGUUAUUUUGGCUAUUUUGGCUUCUGUCGACCAAGAUAAGAAAUGUUAACCCUUGACCUGAUGCUCACCUUAUUUAAGCUGAUGUUCCUAAAUACAUUUUCGUGCAAUGGAUUAAUUAUGAAAUAAUUUUCAUGUUUGGUACACUGUUUGCUUUAUUCUCAUUUUCUGUUGUUUUUUAUUCUAUUCUUUGGCCUUUUCUUACCAGGUAGUCCAUGUGAGAUUGAAAUAAACGUGACAGACAGAAAAUCCUCAGAAAUAAUAAACAAGGCUGAAACAGGAUCCUGUGCUUGCUAAAAUGUUUUGUAACCAUUAUUAUUGUAACCAGUUUAGCAGCAAUAUAUUCAGAGAUGUACAGACAUACUGUAUUUGUAAUUUUCUCAGGUAUCUGUUUCCUCUUGUAGAAUCAUUUACUUGUAGACUUCCAAACCUUUUGAGAACGGUUAAGAGUAAAGUAAAUUUCUGCCUGGG